UUGAUCUCCAGCACAGCCUGCCUUCAUUCUUCAUUGAGACGCUCAAACGGAGACCAAAAAAACACAGUCAUGGGGACUCAGAGCAACCCCUGGACCUCUGUUGUGCUCCUGCUGGCUCUGAUGCACAGAAUAACAUCACUGUCCAACACCCAGGUCUGUAAUCCGGCUGUUGGAGACUCUUUACACAACUAUGGUGCCAAAACCAUAAACGGGACGCAGUUCAUCCCGUUCUCUCAUUACGCUGGAAAACACGUCCUCGUGGUCAACGUGGCCACCUACUGAGGACUGACCUUCCAGUACGUGGAACUGAAUGCACUACACGAGGAGCUUCGCCAUCUGGGAUUCACUGUCCUUGGCUUUCCUUGUGACCAAUUUGGGAAACAAGAACCUGGAGAAAACAAUGAAAUCCUUUCUGCAUUGAAGUAUGUCCGUCCAGGAAAUGGAUUCGUUCCUAAUUUUCAGUUAUUUGAGAAGGGAGACGUGAAUGGAGACGGAGAACAGGCGAUUUUCACAUUCCUAAAGAACGCGUGUCCGCCUGUAGGAGAGAGUUUCGGGGUCACCAGCAACAGGCUGUUUUGGGAGCCACUGAAAGUCAAUGACAUCAAGUGGAACUUUGAGAAGUUUCUGCUGGAUCAGGACGGCAGGCCUGUGAUGCGCUGGUUCCCCAGAGUCAACGUGUCUGAAGUCAGAGCAGACAUCCUUAAAUACUUCCGACAGCUUCUGCAGACUGCACAGUAACUGGGAAACACUGCUUUCUCCUUAAAAUCUCACUCUCUCUCUCUCUCUCUCUCUCUCUCCAAUAUAGAUCAGUCAACACAGGGUUUCUGCAGGUUUUAUCAAGGUCAAUUUGACAUUUUUAAGACCACUUAAAGACAACAUGUGACACUGAACCACAAAACAAGUAGUUUCAGUGUUUAAAAGAUGUCAAUUAGACAUCAAAUAGAUGUCUAAAUGUGAUGCAAAAUUUGGGCUGUCAGUGAACAUAUAAUAAACAUCUUAGAAUAGCCCAAAUCUAGACUAAUCAUGAAAUAGACAGGAAUGAAUGACUAUGUGAAAUCCCUGAAGGCAUUUUUUGUGUGUAAAAGAUGUCUAAUAGACGUCAAAUAGAUAUGUAAAUAUAGAUGCUAAAUUUGGUCUGUCAGUGAACAUCUAAUAGACAUCUUAGAAUAGCCCAAAUCUAGACUAUAGUCAUCAAAUAGACAGGAACGAAUGACUACAUGUAAAAAUCCCAGCAAGCAGUUUUUGUGUUUAAUAGAUGUCUAAAUAUAGAUGCUAAAUUUGAGCUGUCAAUGAACCUCUAAUAGACAUCUUAGAAUAGCCCAAAUCUAGACUAGUCAUCAAAUAGACAGGAACAAAUGACUAUAUGACGCAAUUUUGGUGUGUAAAAUAUGUUUAAUAGACAUCUAAUAGAUGCCUAAAUGUAGAUGCUAAAUGUUUGGCUGUCAGUGAAUCUCUAAUAGACAUCUUAGAUUAACCCAAAUCUAGAUUAGUCAUAAAAUAGACAAGAAUGAAUGACUAUGUGAUAUCCCUGCAAGCAUUUUCUUGUGUGUAAAAGAUGUCUAAUAGAGACGUCAAAUAGAUGUCUAAAUAUAGAUGCUAAAUUUGAGCUGUCAGUGAACAUCUAAUAGACAUCUUAGAAUAGCCAAAAUCUAGAUUAUAGUCAUCAAAUAGACAGGAAUGAAUGACUAUGUGAAAUCUCAGCAUGCAUUUAUUUUGUUUAAAAGAUGUCUAAUAGAUAUCUAUAGAUGUAUAAAUAUAGAUGCUAAAUUUGGGCUGUCAGUGAACAUCUAAAAGAUGAUAUGGAAUAGCAUCUUAUCUAGACUAGUCAUCAAAUAGACAGGAAUGACACAUGUAAAAAUCCCAGCAAGCAGUUUUUGUGUUUAAAAGAUGUCUACGAGACGUUAAAUAGAUGUCUAAAUAUAGAUGCUAAAUUUGAGCUGUCAGUGAACAUCUAAUAAACAUCUUAGAAUAGCCCAAAUCUAGACUAAUCAUGAAAUAGACAGAAAUGAAUGACUAUGUGAAAUCCCUGCAAGCAUUUUCUUGUGUGUAAAAGAUGUCCAAUAGAUGUCAAAUAGAUGUCUAAAUAUAAAUGCUAAAUUUGGCCUGUUAGUGAACAUCUAAUAGAGGUUUUGGAAUAGCCCAAAUCUAGACUAAUCAUGAAAUAGACAGGAAUGAAUGACUAUGUGAUAUCCCAGUAAACAUUUUUGAUGUUUAAAAGAUGUCUUAGACGUCAAAUAGAUAUGUAAAUAGAGAUGGUAAAUUUGGUCUGUCAGUGAACAUCUAAUAGACAUCUUAGAAUAGCCCAAAUCUAGACUAUAGUCAUCAAAUAGACAAUAAAUGACUAUAUCAAGCAUUUUAGGUGUUUAAAAGAUGCCUAAUAGAUGCCUAAAUAUAGAUGCUAAAUUUUAUAUUAACAAUAGUCAUCAAAUAGUCAGAAAUGAACGUCUACACAGUCUGUCUAAUCUGUGUUUGAUGACUAGUCUACUUAAUAUUCUAAUAUAUCAAUUAGAUGUUCACAGACAGACCAAAUUGAGUCUUGUUUUAGCCAAUCUAAGGUUAGAUGUCUAUAAGAUGUCUAUUAAGGUUUAAUGAAGGUGACUUUAACAUUUUAAGAUCAAUUAAGGAAAGGAUGCGUCACUAAAAUCCAAAUUUCCAUACAAAUUACACUCAUGAAUGGUUUUGUAUUUCAGGGUCACGUAUUAGGAGUAAAUUAAAGGGAAUGCGACACAUCAAUAUUUUCUCCAAAUAUAAAUGUCUAGAUUUGAAAACAGAACUUCAACAAAUCUCCAUAUUUUUAAUUAUAAAUAGACACAUAGAUAAAUUCACAGUGUUCUUCCUCAGUAUUUUUGUCUUGUUUUCUCAAUGCUAUUAACACUGUUAUUAUGUUAAUCAAGUGAUCAAUACGAAUUGAGGUUUUAAAACUGAAUACAUUUCUGACAGUGGGCUUAAUUUAAAGGGAAACUUUUUAAACCAUAUUGACAGAUAUUGGUUUUGUUUAAUGCAUAAACUGCAAUUUUGUUCAGUUUCGCAGAAAUAAAAACACAAAUCUUCAUUUUACAUCAAACUCAGUGUAAUUUAGAUAAUCGACUUGCUUAUUUGUAUUGGAAAACCAGGCAAAAAUGCUGAAGAAGGACACUAGAUUUCUGAAGUACAUUAAUGUCAUUACUACGCUCUCAGAAAUAAAGGUAUGCGAGCUGUCACUGGGAUGGUACCUUUACAAAAGGGUACAAAUUUGUUCCUAAAAUGUCCAUAUUAAUACAUUAAGGAAACAUAUUAGUACCUAAAAAGUACAAAAGUGUUCCUCUUAGGUACCCUUUAAGUACAAAUGUGUACCUUUUAGAAAAGGUACCACCCCGUUGACAGCUCGCAUACCUUUAUUUCUGAGAGUGUAUUUAACUGAAUCUCUCUGCUUUCAAUUGAAGGAAGAGUUCACUAAAAAAAGUUAUUGGAUAAUUAAUCUACUCACUUUCAGGCCAUUUAAAUAAAGAUUUUGAACUGAAUUGGUGGUCCUCGAUUCAUAAAAUGGCUGUCAAUGAUCACCUGUUUUUAGGAUUAACAAUAAACACAUUUCAAGAGUUCCCACUUAGAGAUGCUUGGCAUAUAAAGCAGGUUUGGCAUGCUGUCCCGGGAGAGAACCCUGAGCUCGGAGAUCUUUGAGCCCAGGGCUCCCUCCCGGUCGAUAAGCACAUCAGGAGAUCCGAGAUCAGGUCGGUCUCGAGAGCUCCCCCUUAGAUAAGGGAGGAAAAGGAGGAGAUGGGGUGGAAGGGGGGAUUCUUCCAAAUGAAGAUAAAGCAGUAGGGAGAAAAUGAUCCAUUUAUAGUAAACUAGGAUCGCUCUGAUUGGAUUAUUACUGAUUACAGAUGAGUGGCCAGACGUGCUCAGCCAUAUCACGUGCUCCUCUCGAAAUUAGUUUAUGAAACUUCACAUAAUAGAGUCCAAAUCAAUCCCUGAUGAUACACUGAGGUCUUUUAAAGAGAAAUGAUCAGUCUGUGCGAGAAAUUGAACAUGAUUUACAAUAUUAUUAACUUUAAUCAACAGCGCACACUCACUUUUAACAUUGUAUGUGUUAAUUUUUAAUCUAAAAAAUGGGUGACCACUGACUGCCAUUAUAUGAAUCACCAAUGACCAUGAAUUCAGCUAGAAGUCCUUCUUCAUUUCUACCAUAGAAAAAAGGGCUAGUUCACCAAAAAAGCUAAAUUGUCAUCAUUUACUCACCCUUUACUUGUUCCAAUCCUGUUUGAGUUUCAUUUUUUUAUUGAACACAGGAGAAGAUAUUUCGAAAAAUGUUGGAAACAUGUACCCAUUGACUUCCAUAGUAUUUCUUUUCCCACUAUGAAAGUCAGAUUACAGGUUUUCAGCUAAAUAUAUUCUUCAGCGUUCAACAGAAGAAAGAAACUCGUAACGGUUUGGAAGGAAAGUAAAUAGUGAGUAAAUUUCAAUUUGUGUGUGAACUAUCCCUUUAACAGCCUAAGACUCAGUCAAUUAAUGGUACAUUUUCAAUUAACUAUCCUUUUUAAGACCCACAGAAGCCCUGUAACGUCAUGUGUCAACGUUUAAACCUGUAAUGUGUUGUGAAUUAGAUUACUGCUAGAACAAUGAAUGUGUGUGAACCUGAAGGCGGCUGUGGAGGCUUUGGAUUUGGAGAUUGGCAUGUUUUUGACGGGACGGCUUGAAAACAGACGCUCUGUGGUGCCGGACCUGAAGCCGAGGGUCAGCGAGCAGCUCUUCAGUGCAUUCAGGCUGUUCUGCUAGACCUUUUCUAUCAUGUCUGUCUCCAAAAUAUCCUGUCGACCCGCUGCCGCCUGUGUGGAUGUUCAAUAAAUAAAGAGAAAUGCAAGCA